UAACAAAUAGUUAAAAAAGUAAAAAACAAAAAAGCAGUCCGGACUUUCUGAUUUAUAAAUUCCUGUAUUUUGACGAUCCUCUCCCACCCCCACGAUCCAUAUUGCGCGUUGGUGUGAAGCUCGCAUUAGAUCGAUCCCUCUGCGAAGCUCUCCGAAGGGAUCCACAGGCAGAAAGUGCAAUGGGGCUGACAUUCACAAAGCUUUUCAGCAGGCUUUUCGCCAAGAAAGAAAUGCGAAUUCUGAUGGUUGGUCUUGAUGCUGCUGGUAAGACAACCAUCCUCUACAAGCUUAAGCUUGGCGAGAUCGUCACAACCAUUCCUACUAUCGGAUUCAAUGUGGAGACGGUGGAAUAUAAAAACAUAAGCUUCACUGUCUGGGACGUCGGUGGUCAGGACAAGAUCCGUCCCCUGUGGAGGCACUACUUCCAGAACACUCAGGGUCUUAUUUUUGUGGUGGACAGCAAUGACAGAGACCGAGUUGUUGAGGCGCGAGAUGAAUUGCAUAGGAUGUUGAAUGAGGAUGAACUGCGAGAUGCAGUGUUGCUUGUCUUUGCUAACAAGCAGGAUCUUCCUAAUGCAAUGAACGCUGCUGAGAUUACUGAUAAGCUUGGCCUCCACUCUCUCCGCCAACGUCAUUGGUACAUUCAGAGCACCUGUGCAACUUCAGGGGAGGGGCUUUAUGAGGGUUUGGAUUGGCUCUCUAACAACAUAGCGAACAAGGCAUAAAGCUCCUGUGGAGUCCUUUUGUUCACUGGAAAUUCUGGAUGCAGGGGUGAAUAUUAUCUAGUUUUGUUUUUUCUUUUCCGUCCUGAAGACAAUUGGAUUGUGGUUGUGCCUUUUUACUCCGGGAAAUUAUCUUUUUUAUCAGGAACUUUAUGCUAUAUUGUAAUAGAAAAUCGGUAUGUUGGAUAUGUGAUACCUGAGCUUUUUGUCUGGAUUGCAUGCAAUUCUCCUAGCUGUAAUCAAAACUAUUUGUUGCAA